AUGAUGAACCUCAGAGGUCGUGUGAUCAAAAGUAUGAUGCUGUACACUGUCUCGGCCUUGCUCUUCUGUUCAACUACAACCGUAGUGCACGGAGCCGGUGAGCCUAAGGUGAAGAUGAAGGGGCGGGGGAGCAGGGGCACAGGCCCCUUGGACAAUCAGGUGCAAGGAGGGGCAGCAAGGAGGCUGAUCCUAAGAGACCCUAGCGUGAACUUGCAAGCGAAGCCGCUGCGAGCAGGAGUGAAUCAGACCCGAAACUUUGCAAGGAAUUCGGAGGAUCAACUGAAGGAUUUUCUUGACACCUUCGGGUCCGGCUACAGGACACGAUUUCCACCAGAGCCUAACGGGUACCUCCAUAUCGGUCAUGCCAAGGCUAUGCUGUUCAACUUCGGACAAGCAGCCAUCGCACGCAGCCAAGGCAACCAGGCAGAGACCAUACUUCGAUUUGAUGACACGAACCCUGCUGCGGAAGAGCAAGAGUACAUCGAUGGUAUCUUCGAUUCGGUCAAGUGGUUGGGACAUGUCCCUGUCAAGGUCACUUAUACCAGCGACUAUUUUCAGCAGGUUGAAACAAGUACUGAUGUUUGCUGUGCUGAAGAUGCUUUCAAGAAUUUCGAAGAAAUGAGGAAAUGUCGCAGUGCGAACAGGGAAGCGAGAUUGAAGAACUUGACAGUCCCGGCCGAGGCAUUGUCACCAUGGCGAGACACGGAAGUCAAGAUCAACCUGGAGAAGUUCGAGAAGAUGCGAGCAGGAGACUACAAGGAGGGAGAAGCCGUCUUGCGGAUGAAGGGAAACUUUGACUGUGACAACCCUGCGAUGUGGGAUCCGGUCCUUUACAGAAUCAAGUUCGACCCCCCUCAUCCCAGGACUGGAUCUGACUGGUGUAUCUACCCAUCAUAUGAUAUGUCACACUGCAUCGGUUCUGCCUUGCAGCUUCAGAGCAAGUUUCGUCUCACUAUCCUCGCCUUCGUCCUGCAGGCAGCUGAUGGACCUUACUACUGGCUGUUGCACGUCCUUGGGAUGUACAAGCCCGUCACGUUCGAAUAUUCGCGCUGCUCCAUGGCCAACAACGUGCUCUCGAAGAGAAAGUUGCAGAGACUUGUUCAUAGCGGCUUAGUGGACGGAUGGGACGACCCCCGGCUGCUCACUCUCAGUGGUCUGCGAAGAAGAGGCUAUCCUCCUGAGGUGGUGAAUCGUUUCUGCGAACAGGAAAGUCAGCAGCUCGGUGUCUCCGUCUCCCAGAAUGUCGUCACGCAGCCACACAUGCUUGAGGCGAUCGCGCGAGAGCACUUCGACCUCGUUGCUCCAAGAGUGUUUGCGGUGCUCCGGCCUCUCCAAGUCUUCAUCAAGAACUUCAUGGAGACAGCUCGCACAGUAGAAGAGGCUUCCUGCCGCCUGGAAGGCUCCUCCUGCUACUACUUUCACCAGUGGUUCCCUAAGAAUGCUUCUCUGGGAGGGCGAGAGAUCAGUAUGUCUGACUGCAUCUUCAUCGAUAGCAACGAUUUCCAAGAGGAGCCAGCUGCGGAUUUCUUUGGGUUGACGGUCGGGCGGUCUGUCGGCCUCAUCGGCUCGCCGUUCAUCUUCACGUGUGAGGAGGUUGUCAAGGACGACACCAACCAAGUCUGCAGGCUGUCAGGUCGGGUCGAUUUGCGGCAGGGGCAACCGAAGCCUAAGGGCCAUCUGCACUGGCUGGAUGGUCGAGAGGAGGCAGCCGCGAGAGUCUUGGUCCGCAGCUUUGGCCCUCUCCUCCUACAGGACGAAAGUAACCUUGGCUCUCCCGCUCUCCUCGAAGAGGGAGACGAGGGGCAGGCGGGGGGGGACGACUGGCUCAAGUCCUUCAACGAUCAAUCGGUCGUGGAGUUUCCCCGGGCCAUGGUGGAGAGAGGGACUGACAAGAUUGAGGGUCCCAUGCAGUUCGUGCGCGAGGGUUACUUCAUAAGAGAUGGGAGACGGGGCAAUGAGACCUACCAUCAGAUCGUUGGGCUGAAGAGCUCGAAAGGCUCAUGA